UUAUUUUGACAUUGUGUUUGUUGUUGAAAAAGGAUCACCUCAAAUAUAUGAUUGACGAUAAUCUAACCGAUACAACAUAAAACAAUAAUUUGGUUUUCUCAAUAAAAACGUAUCCCUUUCUCAGGCUAAUGAAUUUCCAGACCUCGUAUGUAGGUAAUACUAUUCAGUCGCUUGGUGCAGUUCAAACGUUGACACAAAGUAUAAGUACAAAGGUCUACGCGUAUGUACCUUCUGUGUUUUUGAACUCUUGUAAAAAUGAUCCCAAUUGUUGACUUUUCUGCAUAUGGACUAAAUGUGAAUACGGUGGGUGAUGAUGAACUCCAGCAACUUGCAGAUAGCGUCUACAAAGCGUUCACGACAGUAGGGUUUGUCUACUUGAAAGGACAUGGACUUCCUAAGACACAAAUAAGUGAUGUAUACAAUGUAUCCCAGAAAUUCUUCGACCUACCUGAAGAAGUCAAAAUGCGAUAUGCCAUUCCAAAAGGAGAGUACUAUGGCUAUGCCCCUAUGGAAGGCGAACGAUUGAACCCAUCUCAACCAGGAGAUCUGAAAGAAACAUAUAGCUUCAUACCUUAUGAUGGGACAACACCAAAGAUUAUACCAAAGGAAGAAUUACCUAAUUUCUACAGUGAUUUUGAGACACUUUUCAGAAGUUGUGAAAAAUUGGGAAAACGAGUCCUUCAGAUAAUGGCAUUGGGAAUGAAAAUGGAAAGAAACUAUUUUGACCAAUAUCAUUCGAAAAUUGGUUCACUAGAAAACACAAGCUGUAUUAGGUUCCUAAACUAUCCCCCAGUUCCAGAUGAUAAAGAAAUCGAAGCAGGCCAGUUAAGAUUGGGGGAGCAUUCAGACUAUGGGUCUAUAACACUUCUAAUUCAAGAUGAUAUAGGAGGAUUAGAGGUUGCAUCUAGGGAUGGGACAUUUGUUUCUGCUACUCCUGUUGUUGAUACAGUCUUGGUGAACAUUGGUGAUAUGAUGCAGAGGUGGACUUCUGAUACUCUACUUUCAAAUAGACAUAGAGUAGUGGUUCCUACUGAUGAAAAGCUAAGGAGAUGCGCCCGCAAAUCAAUGGCAUUCUUUAUACAACCAGAUAAUAGCACCAUAGUGAAGAGUCUAGAUGGGUCAAAUAAAUAUGAACCAAUCAAUGCACUGGAUUAUUUGGAUAUGCAAUUUAAAAAAGCUUAUGGCCAGUCAAACUGAUCGUAAUAUUUAUAACAUUUAUGUUAUCUUCAAGAGUCUGACCUAUUCAAAAUUAAUUUGACCCAACAAUUUCACAAAACCAUUAAAUAACGGUUCAAGUACAAUACCUAAAAUGAGUUAUUCCCAAAAAGGCAUGACAAUGAGUGCAACGUGAUUUCAAUUUCAAAAACCUGUAUAUCCGGAACACUUUUUAAUGUGAACACUUUUCUAGGUCCCUUUGUGAUCUCCCAUAGCUCAUAUAUUUGAUAACCUUGAAAUGUGAACAUCUGCUAAAUCAAACACCUUUGGCUGGUCUUCCCUUUGGCGUUCGAAUUUGACUGAUUUCACUGUACAUGUAUUUCCUUUCUUUUGAAGUCUAAAAAUGGGGGUGAUAUAAAAUGUCUUUAUUUUACUCAUCUUGCAUAAAAGAAUAAGAAAAUUAUAUAUGAUAUUUUUAUGCUAGUUUAUUGGUAAAAAAUAAGUGUAUGAUAAUGUUAUAUAAAUAAUGCAUAUUUGCAUGUAAACUCUGAGUCUUUUGUAA